ACAAGUGAGACUAUCAUUUCAUUUCUUUAUUACUCAAAGAUUUAUUAUCUCACGGGAAUCAUGAUAAUGCUGAAACUCUGGAGUCUCCUUCUUGCCUAUGCGCUGAUCAGUUGCCAGAUGUACGUCUCACAGGCAGCUCCAUCCAGAACUAGUAAGGAGUCAAUGUCAGAUGUAGUCACACUAUCGAGUGAUGAUGCCGAAAGGUUACUCAGAGCUUUCAAGGAGUUCAUGCAGAUAACUUCAGAUGAGCAAGACCACCAACCAGGUGAUGGAAACAGUAAUGCAACAGUACAGAAGCGGGGAUGCAACACAGCCACCUGUGUAACCCACCGCUUGGCUGACUACCUGAAUCGGACAGGAGGACUGGGACACAGCAACUUUGUUCCCACCAAUGUGGGCGCCCUGGCGUUUGGCAGACGGAAGCGGCGCGGCCCUGUGUGAGCACAAGACCAGAUACAUGGACCGAGUGCCCCCUUUGAGUGACAAAACUGCAUCAUCAGCUACCUGCAAACACCUGGAAACCUGAACAUAUUCAGAAGCCAAUAUUCACAAACAUUGACUGAUCUCUUGUUUUCAGAAAGUUGUCAGUAAUCAUUCUUUGUCCGUGCUUAAAAACAGAGAAAUAACUAGCACUAGUGUCAUCGUCAUCAAGGAAAGAAAACUUAACUGAACUUAACUUAAAGAUUUUUCCUUUGCUUAGAGGAAUGACAAUGUGUUUUCUCUGUCUUUGCUUGUAUUCUAUUAUUCUGACCUGUAUCUGCAGAACUGUGAGGCGAUCUGUAAGUCUGAUAUUGAAUGUCUGCACUACCUACAAAAAAUUCAACCACUAUGGCUGUCUUGUGCCUUGAUGUAACACCUCAUUAGAUUUCAAAAUAGUGCAUAAUGCAAGGGUGAAAAAUGUACUCAUCAUUCUAAAUAUUGUAACAAUUGUGAAUUGAAAGCAGGAAUAAAUUGUAUUUUAGC